UUAUAGUUUCACCAUCAAAUCAAUCCCUUAACGACGACGUUUACUCAAAAGUUCCCAUUUCCCAAACAGCCCUCCUCUUCCCUCCCCACUCCACCUGUAUCACUAGAUCUCACCCUCCUCCCCUCUCGUAGAUCCCAAACUCCCGACGACCCAAACACUCAAAAAAAUGUCGCACUCCGAACGCGACACCGUUCCGCUCCACCCUUCCUCCCAAUCGGACAUCGACGAGAUCGAAAACCUAAUCAACGCCAGCGUCCAAUCGGGCCCCACCACCGUGCUUCCCGCCAAACCCCCAAGUCCGACCCGAGCCUCGAUCCCCGUCUCAUCCUCGCCGUUCAUCCAAUCAAACCUCCCGCCGCCAGCUCCCUCUGCCUCCUCCAAACAGAAGCCGCCAUCUGUCCCGGCCCCACCGCCCAUUCCCUCCGCCAACAACGGCCCGGGUAUCGUGCCUUCCGGGUUCGGGUCCCCGCCCAACACGCUGACGGAGCCCGUUUGGGACACCGUGAAGCGCGACUUGUCGAGAAUUGUGAGCAAUUUGAAGCUUGUGGUGUUCCCCAACCCGUAUCGUGAGGACCCGGGAAAGGCUCUGAGGGAUUGGGAUCUCUGGGGACCUUUCUUCUUCAUUGUGUUUUGCGUAAUGGAAUGACGAAUGGGAUUGUUUAUUGAACAGUCUGAGGUUUUUGCUGUUGCUUUUGCUGUGCUUGCUGCUGGUGCUGUAAUUUUGACCUUGAAUGUGCUCCUACUGGGUGGACACAUCAUAUUCUUCCAGAGCCUCAGUCUUCUGGGUUAUUGCUUAUUCCCUCUUGACAUUGGAGCUUUAAUCUGUAUGGUAAAGGACAAUGUGAUAUUGAAGGUGGUUGUGGUCAGCGUAACAUUGGCUUGGAGUUCUUGGGCUGCAUAUCCUUUCAUGAGCUCAGCAGUCAACCCCAGGAGAAAAGCCCUCGCACUUUACCCUGUUUUCCUACUGUAUGUAUCUGUUGGUUUUCUCAUUAUUGCCAUCGAUUAGCACAUCAAAACUAAGCAUGCUGUUAAAUAGGAUUUUUGUUGGGUGCUCCAUAUUCUGACUUCUUGUUUGGGAUUCUGGAGCUCCGUUUGUCUGCCUAUAUCAAAUUUGUUGUAUGAAACUUCUUACAUGAUUUUAAUGCUAUAACGACUCAUACUUUUUGCCA